AUGACUCGGAUCAUUUACGCCGACGCCUCCACGCGUCUUCUGCAGCCUGAACUUCGUGCCCUGGGCGUUGUCGGGAAGUUCGUAGAGUUUUUCGGUGACGGAGUGUCUUCUCUCUCAAUCGCUGAUCGGGCUACCAUAGCAAAUAUGUGUCCCGAGUAUGGUGCUACAGUUGGCUUCUUCCCUGUUGAUAAGAAAGUUAUUGCGUGA